AUCUAUAAUUGAUAUAUCUUUGCAAAGUCAAUGGAUGGAAGUUUAUCUCUUACCUAUAAAUACGGAGUUUGACAAUCGAACUCAAUCAUUAAUCAAGUGAAUAGACAAAGAAAUUAAGCAGCAUGGAAGAUUCGAAGAUGAAGCUUCACUGUGGCUGGUUUUGGCUUAAUACGGCAGCUAUCUUUGGUAUCUAUGAGAAGGGUCUUGACUUCGAAUUUGUAUUCGUAGAUUGGGUUGCUGGUGAAUCAAAAACCAAAUCCUUUCUCUCUAAUCUCAACCCAUUUGGUCAAGUUCCAGUUCUUGAAGAUGGAGAUCUCAAACUCUUUGAAUCAAAGGCGAUCACACGAUACCUAGCGGAACAAUACAAAGACCAAGGGACAAGCCUAUUACCAGAUGAUCCCAAAAAGAGAGCAAUCGUAUCAAUGUGGAUGGAAGUAGACACGAAUCAUUUUCUUCCUGUGGCAUCGACUCUCAUCAAAGAACUCAUCCUAAAACCAUAUCAAGGUUUAGCCACAGACUUCACAUCGGUUCACGAAAGCAAAGAGAAGUUAUCAGAGAUUCUAAACAUCUACGAGACUCGUUUAGGCGAGUCUCCAUACUUGGCCGGAGAAAGCUUCACUUUAGCGGAUCUUCAUCACCUUCCACCAAUUAAUUACUUGUUGAACACGGAAGAAGAAGAAGUGAAAAGCUUGAUCUAUUCACGUCCCAAUGUAGCCGCAUGGGUCGAGAAGAUGAAGUCGAGACCCGCUUGGCUUGAAACAGUCGUUAUGCAAAAGCACAUCGUUGACUUGAUGAAACGACGUCGUUUACCUAAACAGUUAGAUUCAUCGUGUCACGAGUCAACGGUUUUGGCUCAGAAAACUGCGAUGGUGGUGAUUGGGAACAAUUAAGUAAAGCUGCAGUGACUCAUCAUGAUCCAUUUGUAUAAUAUUGUAUUCUUGUUUUAUUUAAUUUUAAACUGCAUUUUCAUUAAUAAUAUUGUAUUCUCAACUUGUAUAAUUAUGCUUUUCUUUUAUCAAAAACAUAUCAUGUCGUUAUGUAUUAUAAAAUAAUUCACUC